GGAACGUGGAGUCUCCGCGGUGCCUGAUGGGGCUGUCGGGAGCCGGAGACCUGUAGUCGGCGGCGGACCGCUCUGCUGCUGCCGCCUUCUCUGCCGCCUCAUGGCGGCCAUCGGAGUUCACCUGGGCUGCACUUCAGCCUGCGUGGCCGUCUAUAAGGAUGGCCGGGCUGAUGUGGUUGCAAAUGAUGCGGGUGACAGAGUUACUCCAGCUGUUGUUGCCUACUCAGAAAAUGAAGAGGUUGUUGGAUUGGCAGCAAAACAAAGUAGAAUAAGAAAUAUUUCCAAUACAGUCAUGAAAGUAAAGCAGAUCCUUGGCAGAAGCUCUGAUGACCCACAGGCUCAGAAAUACAUCACAGAAAGUAAAUGUUUAGUCAUUGAAAAAAAUGGGAAAUUACGAUAUAAAAUAGAUACUGGAGAAGAAACAAAAUUUGUUAACCCAGAAGAUGUUGCCAGACUGAUAUUUAGUAAAAUGAAAGAAACGGCACAUUCUGUCUUGGGCUCAGAUGCAAAUGAUGUAGUUAUUACUGUUCCAUUUGAUUUUGGAGAAAAGCAAAAAAAUGCUCUUGGGGAAGCAGCCAGAGCUGCUGGCUUUAAUGUUUUGCGGUUAAUCCAUGAACCAUCUGCAGCUCUCCUGGCUUAUGGAAUUGGACAAGAGUCCCCCGCUGGAAAAAGCAAUAUUUUGGUGUUCAAACUUGGAGGAACAUCCUUAUCUAUCAGUGUCAUGGAAGUUAACAGUGGAAUAUAUCGUGUUAUUUCAACAAACACUGAUGAUAACAUCGGAGGUACACAAUUUACAGAAACCUUAGCACAGCAUCUAGCUUCUGAGUUUCAGAGAUCCUUCAAACAUGACAUCAGAGGAAAUGCUCGUGCUAUGAUGAAAUUGAUGAACAGUGCUGACAUUGCAAAACAUUCUCUGUCAACCUUGGGAAGUGCCAAUUGUUUCCUUGACUCGUUAUAUGAAGGUCAGGAUUUUGACUGCAAUGUGUCCAGCGGGAAGUUUGGCUUCCUGCUCGCUCCAGCUCUGUGGCCACAGCCUGCUGAAAACAGAGCAAGAUUUGAACUUCUCUGUUCUCCACUUUUUAAUAAAUGUAUAGAAGCAAUCAGAGCACUCUUACAACAAAGUGGAUUUGCAGCAGAUGAUAUCAACAAGGUUGUCCUUUGUGGAGGGUCUUCUCGAAUUCCAAGGCUACAGCAAUUGAUUAAAGAUCUUUUCCCAGCUGUUGAGCUUCUAAAUUCUAUCCCUCCUGAUGAAGUUAUCCCCAUUGGUGCAGCUAUAGAAGCAGGAAUUCUUACUGGGAAAGAAAAUCUUUUAGUGGAAGACUCUCUUAAGAUAGAGUGUUCAGCCAAAGAUAUUUUAGUUAAGGGAGUUGAUGAAUCAGGAGCCAACAGUUUCACAGUACUGUUUCCAUCAGGGACUCCGUUGCCAGCUCGAAGACAACACACAUUACAAGCCCCUGGAAGUAUAUCUUCAGUAUGCCUUGAACUCUAUGAAUCUGAGGGGAAAAACUCUGCAAAAGAGGAAAACAAGUUUGCACAGGUUAUACUCCAGGAUUUAAAUAAAAAAGAAAAUGGAUUACAUGACAUCUUAGCUGUUCUAACUAUGAAAAGGGAUGGAUCUUUACAUGUGACAUGCACAGAUCAAGAGACUGGAAAAUGUGAAGCGAUCACUAUUGAGGUGGCAUCUUAGUAUUUUAGAAAAACCAUGACUCUUUUAGAACUAAAAUAUCAUCAAUUACUUGGUUUUGUUCAUAUGUGAUGUUUAUAUUGAAAUACUUUUGGAUGAACUGUGUAAUCUAUGUUUCUAUUAAAAUACAAUAUAUUGAUAAAUGUU